AUGAUAUUCUUAAUCCACACUGAUUCACGACUUCACACUCCCAUGUACCUCCUGCUUAGUCACCUGUCCUUCAUUGACCUGAUAUACAUCUCCACCAUUGUCCCGAAGAUGUUGGUUGAUUACCUGCUUGGUCAAAGAACCAUCUCCUUUAUGGGGUGCACAGCUCAGCAUUUCUUCUACCUCACCCUUGUGGGAGCUGAGUUUUUCCUGUUGGGCCUCAUGGCCUAUGACCGCUAUGUGGCCAUCUGCAAACCCCUUCGCUAUCCUGUACUUAUGAGUUACCGUGUCUGUUGGAUGAUCAUAGCAAGUUCCUGGUUUGGGGGCUCUUUGGAUGGCUUCCUUCUAACUCCCAUCACCAUGAGCUUUCCUUUCUGCAACUCCCGUGAAAUUAACCAUUUCUUUUGUGAGGCACCUGCAGUCCUGCAUUUGGCAUGUGCAGACACUGCCCUCUAUGAGACAGUAAUGUAUGUGUGCUGUGUUCUGAUGCUGCUGAUUCCUUUCUCUGUAGUGAUUGCUUCUUAUGUCUGAAUCUUAACCCCAGUCCACCACAUGAGUUCAGUGGAGGGGAGGAAGAAGGCAGUCGCCACCUGCUCAUCUCAUAUGACAGUGGUGACCUUGUUCUAUGGGGCUGCCAUGUACACCUACAUGCUUCCACACUCUUACCACAGGCCAGCCCAGGACAAAGUCUUUUCUGUGUUCUACACAAUCCUUACACCAAUGUUAAAUCCGCUCAUCUACAGUCUGAGGAACAAGGAUGUGACUGGAGCUCUGAAGAGGGCACUAGGAAUCUCCACA